UAUUGUCCCUACCAAACAUAAUUACUCUAAAAACGGUGAGAAAAAAGACUACACCCAAUGACCUUUAACCUGCUUGAUCUGGUGUCCACUGUACUCGUGUGGCAUUUAAUGCAUCAGUUAGCCUGUCCACAGACUAUUCUCAUUCAGUCAGGAUCACAGCGUACUGAACAAUAUUGUUACAUAUUGACUGCCAUAAAUCGCCUGUGAACUUCUUUUUCCUUACACAAUUACACAAGAGAAGACCACCUCAAUUGGAGAUGAAACUUUGCCCGAUUUGGUAUGAAUCAUGAUAGCCAAGGGUACCAGUGAAGAGCCAAAUCCAUUGCGGAACACGGCAACCAGUGCCUCAAGUAGCCUCAGUGAUCGAGAACAAAAAGAUCUGAAUAAGUUCAUUAAAUUUCUUGUAUUCAAGUCAGUUCAGGUAAUUGUGCAGUCUCGUUCUGGAGAAAAAACAGAUUCUGCGUCAAAGGCAAAAUCAGAUGGUACUGAUUGGUUCAAUUUAGCAAUUUAUGACAACCCGAAUGUGAAAAGUAAUGUCAAGAAGCUACUUUCCCAGGAGCUGCCUAGGGUGGGCUCCCCCUUGAAUGUUGAGGUUUCCCUGGAAACAAGUGAGGGAGACAAGAUGGUCCUAGAGUGUUGGAGUCUAGUUCUUAAUGACAUCUGCGACCCCGGUGCAAAGAUACACUACGCAGUCUACAACCGUCUUGGUCUCCUUCUCAAGUCGCUUAUUUGUGUCUCGAGAGUGACGCCUGCGUAUCGCAUCGCGAGGCACCAGCUAGGAGCAGACUACCGGGUGAUCUCUCGGAUGAACUUAAGAGAGAAGAAGCUCUCCCAUCUCGGUGAAAAUUUCCACUCUUUGAAUGUUGGUUCAGUGGCUACACCCAUCGGCUCCCUCGUUCUAUCCGUGGCUUAUCGGACCAAACUAACUCUCUCUGUUCAACAACUGCACACUAGUGGAGUCAACCCAGUAGCCGUUAAAGAUGACUACUACAGUAACACCAGCCCUAAAGGUCGAGGGUCAUCUCCAGCAAUGCCUCAAAAUUACUCACCAGGGUUGGACGAAUCAGCGAUCAUGGACGGAUCGCAAGAUCUGUGCGCUACUUCAUUCUCUACCUCACCGCCUGAUCCGUAUACGUUACAUGGUUACCUAGCAACAUCUCCCCCGAAUAGGUCAAAGGUCAAUGAGGAGAAACCACGCGGGGGAAGCCCAGCUUUGGGUACGUCAGACAUCAACUCAGGAAGAUUGGGAGCCUUUGCCUCUCCAAAACAGUCAGUAACAGAUCAGAGUGAGAUGGUUCCCAGUGAUAUACCAUUUCUGUCUUUACUCCAAGAACACACAUCUUCUUUAGACCAGUCUAGCAUCAAAGAUAAAUCAAGUUCCUCAGAUCAGACGUCGUCAGAUCAGCAAGACCCACAAGCCUCUUCAUCAUCGCAACACUCUAAGGAAUCUUCACAGAGCCAACACUCUGUAGCGGAAGACUUUGUCAUGGUAGAAUUUAAUCCUGCCUUUGCCAAACCAGAGAGUAACAGCGACGUCGUCAGUUUUUAUCGUCAGUUCCAAAUGGCGCCCCCAUUGGCCAUGUUUGACAACCAGCCAACCCUUGAAGAAACACUAGAAGUGCUACCCACACAACUUGCCAAAUUUGAGGAAACUCAGGUUGACUUUGACAAUUUUGUCCAGUCACUUCAACGAGAUAGUGAAGAAAGCGACUAACGAGUGAAAGCAAUGCCAGUACUAAAUCAAGUAUUAUAAGGAAGUUGUCCUGACGAUGACUAGAGCAAGCUAUAGUCGAAACGCUGAGACCUAAGAACUGACUCCUCGCUAGUGCAGGUAAUAACGACCCGUUAAGCUUAAGUAGUAGUCCCAGCCAAGUUUCUACCUUCUGCGCAGGUAGUUGUUAAGAAGCAGAACAGUUCUUCUCAGAACUGAGAAGUCUCCCAAAUUCUGAAAAUCUCCUCCGCGGUAGUAGAAUAUAAAGCAAGACAGCUCUCUAAAGAACAAAAUCUACCUGGCAAGUAGAUAUCGGUACUACCGAAACAGGCUGGGACUACCUUUGUUUGCCAUGAUCUGCAAAACAAAACUCAAAUUGUUUGGUUGCUUCUUACACUCACAUCCUUUCCUGCUUUACAUCUUAACAAGUGACUAGCCCCUUAAAGCCAUUGGACACUUUCGGUAAACAGUAUUGUCCAAGGCCCACACUUCGUGUAUCACAACUUCU